AUGCGGGAGCACGUGGUGGUGGCCGCCAUUUUGUCCCCCCGAGUCGAUGUGGGAGCACGUGGUGGUGGCCGCCAUUUUGUGACCUCCAACAAUUCCAUUUUUAACCGUCCCCCCGAGUCGAUGCGGGAGCACGUGGUGGCCGCCUCCAAGGCCAUGAAAACCGGGGACUGGCGCCGCUGCCAUCGCUUCGUGGUCAACGAGAAGAUGAACGGCAAAGUGUGGGACCUGUUCCCCGAGGCCGACCAGGUGCGCGCCAUGCUCGUCAGGAAGAUCCAGGAGGAGUCGCUGCGCACGUACCUGUUCACCUACAGCAGCGUCUACGACUCCAUCAGCAUGGAGACGCUGGCGGCCAUGUUUGAGCUGGACCUGCCCACGGUGCACGGGAUCAUCAGCAAAAUGAUCAUCAACGAGGAGCUGAUGGCCUCGCUGGACCAGCCCACGGCCACGGUGAUGAUGCACCGGACGGAGCCGACGGCCACGCAGAACCUGGCGCUGCAGCUGGCCGAGAAGCUGGGCAACCUGGUGGAGAACAACGAGCGCGUGCUGGACCAGAGGCAGGGAGCCUACGGCGGGUACUUCCGAGACCAGAAAGAUGGCGGAUACCGCAAGGGCGACGGGUACCUGCGGCGCGGCGGCUUCCGGCAGGAGCGCAGCAACUACUGAGGCACACCUGGGCCCCAGAGACACACCUGGGCCGCGGCGGGACCCUCACCUGCCCCACGGAGCCCUCACCCGCCCCACGGAUCCAUUACCUGUCCUACAAUCCCCUCACCUGGGCAAAAUGUCACCAUCUGCCCCACAGAGGCCUUACCUGCCCCAUAAAUCCCUUUACCUGCCCCAUACAUCCCUCACCUGCCCCACAGAUCACUCACCUGUUCCAUCGAGGGUCCCGCUGUUGGAAAUUAAUAAAUGAAUUAUUAAAGAGCGCGUUAA